CUAAAAUAUCGAUAGUUAUGUUUACUGGAGGCCCGGGACGGUAGUGGAAAUCUUUGUGGGUUUCUGGAAUGCAAUUGAUGCUGCCUUUUUCACAUGUUUUUGUGAACUUCUGUAUACGAUAAUUCGAGGCUGGUGAUCGUGUGGUUAUAUAUGGGAAUUAGCUGUUGCAAGACUCACGAAGCACUGCGCCAGGACAGUUAUGAUGUUGAUUACGGAAGAAAUGUCUCAACAAGUCAUGGUGGUUCUAGUUACACAGAUGAUCUUGUUAUGGAUGCCCUCCGUGCUCUCAGGAAGCUCGCAGAAAAUAACAUGGAGCCUCCAGAAUGCAUGACAAUUUUACAUUCUCUGGCAGAAGAAGAGGAGGGAUGGCUGAAUGUUGUCAAGUCAUGCAUAUUUGCUAUUCCUCUGGAAGAUUCACUUGGAGCUGCUGUUGUGUGUCUUCUUCUUGAUGAGUGCCCACUUCCUACAAGGGAUGCAAUAAAAACUCUCUCAUCAAAGCUGAACCUGUCCAAGAGCCUGAAAAAGCUUGUGUUCAACACCGAGAGAGAUCACCGUCAAAAUGAGCUCACAUCUUCUAUUUGCCGUAACUUGGCUGUUGUUUUGGCAUGUCUGGCUGACAAGUUGGCUGGUCCUCUGAGUAUUGUAUUGUUGACUCAAGGUACACUGGAGUUUCUUUUGAAAAGACUGACAAUAGCUGAAUAUCCUGGUGUAGUGCUGAAUUCAAUAUUAGCUUUGGAAAAGUUUGCCCAGACAAGUGAAAACAAGCUUACAAUAAGAGAUUCUGGUAUCGCAGAGAUGUUAGUAAAUUUGGAGAAGGAAUGGCUUGGAAGCAAAGACUUUGAGAGGCAUCAGGCUGGAUUUUGUUGUCAGUGGCUUCUUGACAAUACAUUUUCCUUUAAGAAUCGCCCAUACUCUUAUGAAACAGCUGAUGUUAGUGGUAUCAAUGUUAUGCUUAAUAACAAUGAUGUGAGCGAUUAUUUAAAAAUAUCCCCUACAGGACUGGAGGCAAGGUGUGAUGCAUCUUCUUUUGAAAGUGUGCGGUGUACAUUUUGUGCCUCAACUGGUGUGUGGUAUUAUGAAGUGACUCUUCUCACAGCUGGAGUGAUGCAGAUUGGCUGGGCUACUAAGGACAGCAAGUUUCUUAAUCAUGAAGGAUAUGGCAUUGGUGAUGAUGAGUUUUCUUAUGCCUAUGAUGGCUGCCGACAGUUGAUAUGGCAUGGAGCCAGGAGUACCCCCCAUCACCACCCCCCUUGGGUACCAGGUGAUGUUCUCGGCCUUCUUAUCGAUUUAGAGCGUGGUAAAGUGGCAUUUUCCAUGAACGGUGAUACAAUUAUAAGAGACUUUAAGGCAGCACUUUCAGGGGCUGGAUUCUUCGCUGCGGCAAGUUUUAUGUCUUUUCAACACUGUAUAUUUAAUUUUGGAGCUAAACCCUUCAUGUUUCCUCCCAACGUCCCUUUCGACAAUUUCAACGAUCAUGCAAACAUGUCUUCCGAGGACAAAAUAGUCUUACCCAGGCACCUGAAAUUAGCUGCUAUCCGCCAAGAGAGUAUAUCCAAUGAUCCUUGUAAAAUAUGUUAUGAGAAUUCUGCUGAUACAAGACUGGAACCAUGCAACCACAGGGACGUUUGUAUGAGGUGCGCUGUACAACUCCAACACUGCCCUAUGUGCAGAAUGCACAUUCAAGAUAGGGUUUUGGAAGACCACAGUAUGCCACCCUCGCCACAGGACACCAGCUGACAAUGGUUGAUGGCGUAAAGAAACAAUUUUUAUCAACGCUCGGACCCUGAUGUGCUACGCUUUAGCGCGUGAUCAGUAGUUGUUGAGACAUGCUGUACUUAAGGCUGUAAAAUUAUGGUUAUAGAUUCAUGAUCGUUGCUCACUCAAAAAUAUGAGGCAUAAUUUUAACAUUAAAUUAUUUGACAUUACAAAAUUUUCAAUUACAUUUGGGUUUUUCCGAAUAUUGAAUUAUUGUGUAUCAUCAAGUGUCGGUUAGCUUUGUUGGUUUUCCAUGUUAAUUUGUUUGCUAGUUGGGUUAUUUAUCAUUUUUUUGUUUGCAUAUUGAAGGCUAACGAAA